UAUUUACUGCUAUGACCAGACCAUUGAGCAAUCAUCCUGCAUUUGCGGCCUCUGCAUCCGCAAGCUCGCCCCUCCUCUUCAGUUUACCAUGCAUCUCCUCGUGGAUAUUGCAUUGCUCCUCUUCCUGUACAUGUCAGCAUGUUCUGCCGCGGCAACGGACACCAUCUUGGCCGGCCAAGCACUCACCGUCAACGACAAGCUCGUCUCCAGGAACGGCAGGUACGCACUUUGCUUCUUCGAAACAAGCAGCAAAUCCUCCAGAAACACUAGCAACUGGUACCUCGGCAUAUGGUUCAAUACGGUCCCCAAAUUUACUUCUGCAUGGGUUGCAAAUAGGGAUAAGCCAAUCAAGAAUAUCACCUCAUUGGAGCUCACAAUAUACCAGGAUGGCAACCUUGUCAUCUUGAACCGGUCCACCAAGUCCAUAAUCUGGAGUACACAAGCAAACAUCAAAAGAAAUAGCACCACUGCUAUGCUGUUGAAUAAUGGAAAUCUCGUCCUAAAAGACUCUCCAAACUCAUCAAAAGUUUUGUGGCAGAGCUUUGAUCACCCCACAGAUACAUUUUUCCCAGAGGCGAAACUUGGAUGGGACAAGCUCGCCGGCCUGAACCGCCGUAUUAUUUCUUGGAAGAACUCAAUCAACCCAGCUACUGGUCUGUAUAGUUACGAGUUGGACCAUAGUGGUGUCGACCAGUUAUUGAUUGCACCACUUAGCAGCUCUGCACCAUACUGGUACAGUGGUGUAUGGAACGGCAAAUACUUUGCCUCAGUUCCAGAGAUGGCAGGAAACAAAAUUUGGAGAUCAGAAUUUGUCGACAUUGGCCAUGAGAAGUACUACACAUAUAGCUUAGUGCAAGCAAAGAGGAUUACUCGUCAUGUAAUUGACAUCUCGGGCCAAGUAAAGGUGUUUGUUUGGAACGAGCGCUCACAGGAUUGGGAAAUGAUCUUCGCCCAACCAAGAAGUUCGUGUGAUGUCUAUUCAAUUUGUGGACCUUACACAAUUUGCAAUGAUAAUGUGCUUCCAAAUUGCAACUGUAUGAAGGGCUUCACCAUCACAUCCCCUGGGGAUUGGGAGGUAGAAGAUCGAACCAGUGGGUGCUCGAGAAAUACUCUGUUAGACUGCAUUAGCAACAAAAACACAACACAUACCACAGACAACUUCUAUUCUGUGCCAUGUGUUGGGUUGCCCCAGAAUACCCCAAAAGUAGAAGCUGCUAAAAGUGCAAAUGAGUGUGCACAAUUGUGCCUGAAUAAUUGCUCUUGCACUGCAUAUUCCUUCAACAAUAGCGGAUGUUCUAUCUGGCAUAAUGAACUACUCAACGUAAGACAACUACAAUGUAGUGGUAGUACCAAUUCAAAUGGACAAACUCUUUACCUUCGCCUUUCUGCUAAAGAUAUGCAAAGUUUGGAAAAUAACAGAAAAAGGAUUGUCAUUGGAGUCGCAACUGGUAUAGGUGCUUGUGCUCUAGGCUUAUUCGGGCUCAGCCUCCUAGUAAUCAUUUCGAGAAACAAAAGGAAGAGCUCUGGCCGCAUGCUGAAUGAUGGUUGUAAUGGAAUCAUUGCAUUUAGAUACAUUGAUUUACAUCGUGCAACGAAACAAUUCACAGAGAAGUUGGGGAGAGGCAGCUUUGGUUCAGUAUUUAAGGGGCUUAUAAAUGAUUCAGUUUCCAUAGCGGUGAAGAGGCUUGAUGGUGCUUAUCAAGGAGAGAAGCAAUUCAGAGCCGAAGUGAGCUCGAUUGGAGCUGUUCAGCACAUCAAUUUAGUUAAGCUUGUUGGAUUUUGCUGUGAGGGCUCUAGGAGAUUGCUUGUUUAUGAAUACAUGCCAAACCUCUCUCUUGAUGUCCAUCUAUUUCAAAACAAUUCCACUAUGUUGAAUUGGACUGCUCGUUAUCAGAUAGCCCUGGGAGUUGCCAGAGGGUUAGCCUACUUGCAUGAGAGCUGCCGAGACUGCAUCAUACACUGUGAUAUUAAGCCAGAAAACAUACUGCUUGAUGCUUCAUUCCUCCCAAAAAUUGCAGACUUUGGGAUGGCAAAGCUUCUAGGAAGGGAUCAUAGCCGAGUCCUGACUACAGUCAGAGGAACCGCAGGGUACCUUGCACCUGAAUGGAUUACUGGUGUUCCUAUUACACCAAAAGUUGAUGUUUAUAGCUACGGGAUGGUGUUGCUGGAAAUAAUAUCUGGAAGGAGGAACUCGUGCGGACCAUGUACGAGUGAUGGCAACCUUGAUGUUUAUUUCCCCGUGCAUGCCGCACAUAAGCUUCUUGAAGGAGACGUCGAGAGUUUGAUAGAUCAGAAGUUAGAUGGUAAUGUCAACCUGGAUGAGGCUGAGCUGGUUUGCAAGGUUGCAUGCUGGUGCAUCCAAGAUGAGGAGGUCGGUCGACCAACAAUGGGACAGGUGGUUCAGAUUCUUGAGGGUCUGGUUGAUAUCAGAAUGCCCCCAAUACCAAGACUACUUCAAGCUAUUGGUGGAAGCUCGCAUUCGAUGCGCGCAUAACCUAUUUCUCAAGGGAAACUAGCUCAAUUGAAUGCCUAAAUGAUAUGGUACACGUGUGUUUGUAGUAUUUAAAACGAGAAUUGUAUUUACUAUGCAAAUGUGACGGCUUAUGGCUGGAGAUAAAUUUGUGUUGCUUGCAAAGUUGUGACGCGUUAUAAUGUUAGCCAUGUAAGUAAUGACUUUUUUUUUGCAAUCAUGUAAGUAAUGACUUUGCUAUGCUCCGUAUAC